GCCAUCCAUCACCCCACUGCCCCGCCAGGACCCCGAGGCGAAACACUCAAACCCCCCACGAUACCUAUCCCCUCAGAUCACAGGAAAUAGAUAUAAGGCAGCAAUGAAUCCAGUAAGGUUUCCGAAGCGGGACGGCGGAAGCUCUGCGGAAGAGAAGGAUCGGGUAGUGCAGCAGACGGACAAAGACGCCUCUCAGUUGAGGCUGAGUGCUAUCGAAGCAGGAUAUCUUGAGGACCCAUUCGCGAAGCUGUUUGUUGCUGGGGAGGUCCAGAGGCGGUACCCAUUAAUAAAUAGAGGGACAUACAUUCGCACAACCGCAAUUGACAAGCUCGUCAACAAUUUCCUAUCCUCUUCCCCAGAGACACCAAAACAGAUUAUCUCUCUGGGCGCCGGUUCAGAUACCAGGUUUUUCCGCAUAGCUUCUGCGAAUCCGGGCGUAAUACCAAACCUCAUCUAUCGAGAACUAGACUUCCGAGCCAUCACCAGUCGGAAGAUUGCUUCGAUAACUGCUUCCCCGGCACUCCAAUCUCUCCUGUCGCCACAGGGCCUCUCAGUAGACCAGAUAAACGGAAGCCUCACGUCAAAAAAUUACUCCAUCCACCCCCUCGACAUCCGGACCCUCCACCCCUCCGCAGAUUUCUCCGCUUCCAUAAACACCGCCCUCCCAACACUCUUCAUCUCAGAAUGCUGUCUCAUCUAUCUAUCCCCGACAGAAGCGGACGAUAUUCUUAAAUGGAUAACUACAGACUUUUCCUCCUCGGUCGGUAUAAUAUUGUACGAGCCGAUCGGCGGGGAUGACGCCUUUGGUCGCGUGAUGAUACAGAAUCUGGCGGUGAGGGGGAUCGUCCUAAAGACGCUGAAGAAAUACUCUAGUCUCGAGCGGCAGAUUGAGCGAUUAAGGGUCCUGGGAUUCGUGGAUGGGCAGCUUGCCGUCAGUGUUAAAGGAAUACACGAUGGGUGGGUUAGCCCAAGGGAGAGGGGGAGGAUCGCAGGGUUGGAAAUGUUGGACGAGGUUGAGGAGUGGGAUAUGCUUGCUGCGCAUUACUGUGUGGCUUGGGGUUGGAGGGAUAGAAGUGGGGUGUUUGCGGGAUGGCGGAAUUUGGGGCGGGGAGAUUGA